UAGCAAUAAAUAAGAGUUGGUACAGUACAGGUUCAUUCGGUUCCACAGUAUAAUCCAUUUAUCGGAAAUAACAACAAUAAAUUCAUGUAAAAGUAGGUAGGAUCAUCCAAGCUACCAAAAUAUGUCGUCAUUAGGGGGUUUGCUUACAUCACUCCUUCAAUCUCCUCUCCUGUGUGUAUCUGUGUCUGGCCACCACAAAACCAAGAAAGGACACUGCCAUGAGACUAAAACAACAGUGUUUCACUUUCCCUGUCUCUCUCUUUUCAUUUGCCUUGUGCGCUUAGUUGUUACAUUCUGAAGGAAAAGCUUGCAACCCCAUUUCUUUAUUUACUCUCCUUUCUCCUCACAUUAGUCUUCUGGUAUUAAAAUAGUUAAAAAGCAAAGGGCUUUCUCUGAAAAUGUUUCUGAGGUUACCUGCCAUGAACAGGAGUUUGAACAGAGAGAAUCCAGAUAUUUUGAUUAUGAUGAUUGCAGGGCAACAGAUAAUAAGGGGUGUUGAGGAGGACAAAAGAGAUCAGAGAGAGAGCCAAGACAUGGGCCCAGUAAAGCCUGCAACACAAAUGAGUGCCACUGCACCAAACACUAAUGUCUUCACCCUUCUCCUCCCUCUCCCCCCCUCUUUUCUUGUUUUACUCUUUUCUGCCUCUAUACCUUUCCCUCUUAACUUAUGCCUUUUAUUUUAUUUCCAUUCAUCUCCAGCAUCCCCACUUCCUUUUUCAUUCUCUUUUCGACUUUGACACACUUUUUUCCUUUUCAUGCUCUUCUUCUUCAACUUCUUGUCUUUAAUGUGCAACACUAGAGGAAAGCUUGAUGGGGUCUAAGGAAACGACACUCUUGUUUUGGGGUUUGGAGGCUUGAAGAAAAAGAUUUUUCUGUUCAUGCAAAAGAAACCAACGCAACUUUAAUGUUCUCCAAAGACAACAUACGUUGGCAAGGAGUUGUUAAAUGUUACUCCUUUGCAGAUUAAGUGAAGGUCUAUCUUCUUUCCUCUCUUCGCUAUUGUUGGAUCAUAACGCUCAGUGAACCUUUUCUUGAAGACAACUGCUAAAUCAAUAGCCUCAUUCAUUAAUUACUUGUUAUUUGAUGGAGAGAGAUAUGUACAUUGCUCCACUGGAGAUUUCUGGGCGAGGUGGUACAGUAAUAGAUGAAAUAUCUCAUCAUUCCACCUCAAAUCCUCUCAUUCAGUGCUAUUCACUUGACCUUAACAACCAAUCCCACAUCAUAAAUGGAAUUUCAAUGCUUUCUGGAGAGCAAGGUGAACCAACAAGUAAUGUCCAUGCUGGUGCUUGCUUCAUUAAUCCAUCAACUAUUGCUGACUCUAGUCCAUUAGUUACAUCACGGAGAAAGACUAUUGUGGGAGAUGCCUCAAAUCCCAUGGCGAACUCUGAGUUUCAAGAGCAUUUAGUUGGAGGAGUGCCCCUCACUCCUGCUUCGCUUGCAGCCAUUCUUGCUGAUAGAAUUGGUCUUGAAGAAAAUUUGGAGAAUUCAGCAGCUCUGGCUCCCUCAAUCUUCUCCACGGGGGCACUAGAGGUAUUCUUCAACAAUUUGUAUGGUACUUCAAACCCUUUGUCUGGAACUUUUGAGGAGUGUGGUUACAAUGAAGUUCCUAGUAAGUGGAAUGCUAACAAAUUUCAUAAAGCUCCGGAGAAUGAUGGAACUUGUCAGCCCUAUUCUUCUAUAGCAAACCUGGAUCCAAAUGAAUGGGCAACAUCAAACGUUGCAAACAUGGCCAAUUAUGCUCACUAUUCCUCUAACUUUAGUAAAGAACUUUCUCUGAGUCUUGCAACAUCUACAGCCGCAGGACAGCGCUCAGACGUGACUUGCUCUAAUAUGACCCCGUGCAUGAAUGGAACCAUUUCCUGCAGUAGUAGUAGGGAACUUUCUAUGAAUUUGGGUGGUAAUAAAUAUGUACAAAUUUCACCAGAAGUACUGGAAUCGAGAUACCUUCUUGGGAUUCAAGAGAUACUUGCUCAAAUUGCAAGAUAUUCAUUUGAAAAUCUGGAACAGUUAAACUAUUCAGCCCCUGGUAAUAGAGCAGGUGGGCAGAAGUCAGCUUCAGCGUUUCCACCCAAGAGAAACAUCUUGACAGAUCACAAUGCAAGUUCUGUUUACGAAUCUCAUGCAGAGUCUCCAUUGCAAAGGCAGGCUGCUGAAUCUAAGAAAGCCCAACUGCUGGCACUUCUACAACUGGUGGACAAUCGAUACAGCCAGUGUUUGGAUGAGAUACAUACUGUUGUAUCUGCAUUCCAUGCAGCUACCGAGCUGGACCCACAAAUACAUGCACAUUUUGCUCUUCGAACCAUCUCUGUCUUUUACAAGGAGUUACGGGAGAGGAUUAGCAACUACAUUCUUGCCAUGGGAUCAAGUUUCAACAAAUCGUGCACGGAAGAGACUGAAUGGUCUAUUGAAACUUCAUUCCUUCAAAAGCAAUGGGCUCUACAGCAGUUGAAAAGAAAAGAUCAGCUGUGGAGGCCCCAGAGAGGCUUGCCGGAAAGAUCUGUCUCGGUUCUACGGGCAUGGAUGUUUCAGAAUUUCCUACACCCGUAUCCCAAAGACGCAGAGAAGCAUUUGCUUGCAGUGAAAAGUGGGUUGACUAGAAGUCAGGUAUCCAACUGGUUUAUAAAUGCUCGUGUGCGGCUGUGGAAACCUAUGAUUGAAGAGAUGUAUGCUGAAAUGAACAAAAGAAAGGCCUGUCGAAAUGAAGAAGAAAUCCAGAAUAACCAUGGAAAUAGGAUAAGCAUGAGCAACCAAAGGUUUAAUGUUAACUAAAGGUGUACAAAGUCGCAUAACGAUAUAAAGCACCUUUUUCUUUAUUCAAAUAGAAAACAGAACUGAGGCCAAAAUCUGAGCUUAUUGUUUUGCAUGGUAGGUAGGGUAUAUUAUUUAAGAGGAUGCCCAUGAAGAAAAUAGAAUAUUGGAAAAUUUUACGA